UAGUUAAUAAACAUGUAUACCAAUACACAACUUGCUCACGUGACAGAAGCCAGCUGAAGCAAGCUGAAGGUUACCGGUUGUGUUUCUUAAAGUUGGAUCAUUUGAACAAUUUAUAAUAACAAGUCAAUAUUGUUAUAAACAACAGCUAAAACAAUUGAUUAUAAAAUAAUUAAACAACAUAAUGUUACGUUUAGCAAGAAAAUUUCAAUAUGUCAGGGCAUUUUCAUCAGCAGCAAUGCCAGCACCUGAAAUUAACCCCUCAAUUAUGUACUGUGGGUUAUUUAUUGAUAAUGAAUGGCGUAAAUCAAUAAGUGGUAAAACAUUUAACACAAUAAAUCCAUCAACUGGUGAUUGUAUUGCUGAAGUACAAGAAGCUGGUUGUGAAGAUGUUGAUGCAGCUGUUAGUGCUGCUAAAAAAGCAUUUAAACUUGGUUCAACAUGGAGAACAAUGAAUGCAUCUGAUCGUGGUGUAUUACUUAAUCGUCUUGCUGAUUUAAUGGAACGUGAUCGUACAUAUUUAGCGUCAUUGGAAACAUUGGACAAUGGUAAACCAUAUGCAGUUGCUUAUAAUGUUGAUUUACCAGGAUGUAUCAGUACAUUGAGAUAUUAUGCUGGUUGGGCUGAUAAAAAUCAUGGUAAAGUUAUUCCAAUGGAUGGUAAUUAUUUUGCAUAUACAAGACAUGAACCUGUUGGUGUUUGUGGACAAAUAAUACCAUGGAAUUUUCCAUUAUUAAUGAUGUCAUGGAAAAUAGCACCAGCAUUAGCAACUGGUAAUACAAUUAUAUUAAAACCAGCUGAACAAACACCAUUAACUGCUUUGUAUAUUGCACAAUUAACAAAAGAAGCUGGUUUUCCAAAUGGUGUUGUUAAUGUUUUACCUGGUUUUGGUAGUACUGGUGCUGCAUUAGUUUCACAUAAAGAUGUUGAUAAAAUUGCAUUUACUGGAUCAACAGAAGUUGGUCAAUUAGUUCAACGUGAUGCUGCAAUGAGUAAUUUAAAAAGAACAAGUCUUGAACUUGGUGGUAAAUCACCAAAUAUUAUAUUAAAAGAUGCUGAUAUGAAUUAUGCUGUUGAAACAUCACAUUUUGCAUUAUUUUUUAAUAUGGGUCAAUGUUGUUGUGCUGGAUCAAGAACAUUUGUUGAGGAUGAUAUUUAUGAUGAAUUUGUUGAAAAAAGUAUGAUACGUGCUAAAAAAAGAACAGUUGGUAAUCCAUUUGAUAUGAGUAUUGAACAAGGACCACAAAUUGAUGAAGAACAAUUUAAAAAAAUAUUAUCAAUGAUUGAAAGUGGAAAAGAACAAGGUGCAAAACUUGUUGCUGGUGGUGAAGUUGUUGGUGAUAAAGGAUACUUUAUUGAACCAACAGUAUUUGCUGAUGUUCAAGAUGACAUGACUAUUGCAAAAGAUGAAAUAUUUGGACCAGUACAACAAAUAUUAAAAUUCAGUGAACUUGAUGAAGUCAUUGAACGAGCAAAUAAAACUGAUUAUGGUCUUGCUGCUGGAAUUUUUACAAAAAAUAUUGAUAAAGCAAAUCAUCUCAUUCAGGGAAUUCGUGCUGGUACUGUUUGGGUUAAUACUUAUAAUGCAUUUGGUGUUCAAGUACCAUUUGGUGGAUUUAAAAUGUCUGGACAUGGAAGAGAAAUGGGUGAAUAUGGCUUGGAAGCAUACACCGAAGUCAAGAGUGUCAUCACUAAAAUAAACCAAAAAAAUAGUUAAACCUUUUUUCUACCAUAAAUAAUUUAAACAAUGAAAAGGAAAAAGCUAAUACUUGAGUUAAUGAAAUAUUAAUAAUUAUAAAAUAUUUUAAUUAACUGUAAUAUUUUUAUAUUUGUUUAAAAUUUUGUCACAUAAAAAAUACAUAAUCUUAAAAAAUUUUCAUAGAAUUUUCUUUGUUUUUUUUUUCCUUCCAAUUGACAAUAUUAAAAAUAAUUAUUUAUUAUUUUUUUAAUGCAGUACGAUGCGAGUAAUAAACCUAAAAUAUUACACAACCAUUCUGAUAAAAUAUCUCACUACAAUUAAAAAAAAAAAUAACGAAAAUUAGCAGCUGCAUUUUUUUUUUAUUUUACUUCCAAAUAAAUGUGUGUGUACUUGUUUGGUAUUGCUGAUAUAGAGUCUAACCAAGUACUUGCUUAAUUUAAAAUUGUUAACUUUGUCAUAAUGAUAAAAAUUUCUAAAAUACUUAUUCUAGUUGAUUGUUAAAAUAAAAAAAAAUGUAUAUUAUAAAAUAAAAUUAUCCAUCUGGUGCUGUGAUAAUUGAUUGUGUAUCAAUAAAACUUUCAGACAUGAGCAUUGAUGUAUUCAUAAUUGGUGUACUAAUUGUAUUGCCAUUUUUUUUAUAUCCAAAUGGAUAAAAACUAUCAAUAUUCAUUUGUACCAUACAUGUACUUAUUGUAUUUAAUGUUGAAUUAUCUUUGGUAUCAAUUUUUAAUUGGUUUAUACCACUUUGUAAUAUACGCGUAAAUAAUUCAGUAUGAUUUUUACCACCAUUUAUUAUUUCAAGUGGUGGUAUCCAACGAAAAUAAUUUUGUGACCAAAAUUCUAAAUUUGAUAUAUUAUAUUUUGGUAUUAUUAUUAUUAAUAUAUCUUUAUCAUUUUGAUAAAACAGUGGAUUUUUAAAUAAUGAUAUAUCUUGAUCAGUAUACUGUUCAUGCCAAUCCCAUGCACUACGAAGUAUCAAUGGAUUAUUUGAAUCCAUUGCUGCUAAAUAUCUAUCACGUUCACAAUUAAAUAAAAAUGUAUCAAAUAUUGAUACAUGUACUGUAUCCCAAAGACUUGUUAAAUAUGUUUCUGUAAAUUCAAAUUGUGAUGGAAAUUGUUGUAUCAAUUGCCAAACACAAUCAAGAUAUAAUAAAAAUAUUGGUGAUUUAUCAGAUGUUGAAUUAAUAAUAUGUCCUAAACGAUCACAAAAUGGAUGUCCAGAUGUUACCCAUUCUUUUUGUAUCAAUGAUUGGAAACCAGUUAUUGUACGAAAAUAUUUAUCAGACAUUAGUUGAACUAGACUUGAUAUUAUACAACACACAUCUCUACCAGCACUUUCUGUUGAAUUAAAUAAUAAUAAACAUGUAAUUAUCAAGUAAAUUAAUAUCAAGUUUUUAUGAAAAUUUACCUUGAAGUAUAACAGAAGUACCAGAGUUUAAAUUAUCAGUUGCUUCAGUUGCUUUUUCUAAACAAUAUGAUACAAAUUUCAACCAUUUUGAAUUGUCUAAUAACGAAUAAAAAUUAUUAUCUUGUAUCCAAAA